AUGGGCGUCGACACCCGCAGACCGAUCUUGCCUGCCCCCACUGAAUCUAUUGUCGAUACCAACGGCAGCAUCACAGGCACUGAUCUGGCAACUGACAUAUCUCGCCGCACAGACAAGACCUCAUACUCCAUUCCAGACGACGGGAGCCCCGUCACCAUCCCCACUCGUCGGAAACAUCGCUCCCGCGGGGACGACUCCAAACUGUCCCGCUCGUCGCAGCACUCCCAGACCUCCCUGCUCAUCGAGUAUUUCGAGGGCGGGAAGGGUUCUGGCUCCCUCACUUCCCGCCCCAGUGUCCGUGUCCGUGUCACCCCUUCCUCCGCGCGGAAGCUCAAGGACCAGAAGGACCACAUACAGAUCACCGAGUCGAGUGGCAAUCGGAAACCCGUCUAUUCCCGCCGCAUCUCCCUGAGCUCGCCCCACAAGCACAAGUCGCUGGAGGAGUCGGCUGUGGAUGACAGUUCUUCCAAUUCAGCCACCGAUGAGAACCAGCCUCCCGGCCAUUCUCCCUUAGAAAUCGAGCUCAUGAAUCGCGACCAAGGCAGUGAGCUCUCCGCCCUGUCGCGCGACAGGUACUUCCACCCAACCUCCGACAUCUCGUCGAUGCCGGCGGAUAGCAUGCUGGAAGCCCCCUCAUCUGGUCCUCGUCGAAAACGCAGUCAGAGCUUGGAACGUGAAUCCAAGGAGUACCUCAAAACCCCCCGGCGACAACGUAGUCGCAGUCUCAGCACCGAACGCAUUGCUCAUCGAGUCGCAGAGAAGCUCAGCAACGACCCUCGUGACGUCUCUAGGCAACGCCGGCGUGCCGAAAGAAGUAGGUUCGAAGACGGCAGUGAUCUCCAAGAUAUGGAUUCGAAGUCUCCUCGUCGUCGGGCUCUUCCCGACGAUAUGAUGAGUCCAGAAUCCAGCCUCCUCAGCGCCUCGGCUGUGUCCUCGCAUCGCCGAUCCGGUGAUCAGUACUCGUUCAAAUCCGGCACCUCGAAGUCAUCGAUCAACAACCCAAAGCUUCUUGAAACUGUGGAAGACGCGAUCCGAAGACUCAUACUGCCUGAGCUGAAGGAACUUAAGAAGGACCAGAAAGUCAUCACCAACACGUCCAAAUUUGAACGCGACAUGAACACCUCACAUUCAUCAGCCAGCACGCCCUCUCGGGACGAGCUGGGCAGACGACUUUCCAAACACGCAAGCGCUCCUGACGUCCGAAAGCCCAAGGUUGUCCUGAAUAAGGAUAGUCGCGAUGAAGGCAUCGUCCUUUCGGGCGACUCCGUCCCAUCCCAAAAAGAACGGAGAUCCAGCAAGGACAGCGAACGAAGUCAUGGCAGAAGCGAAAAAAGCCAGGAUCUCGGUUACAUCAGAUGGGCCAACCGCCCCGAGUUGACGGAGCAAGAAAAGCUCCGUCGACAAAAGAGCAAAGGACUUCGUGAUGCAGAAAAGGCUGCACUCGUGGGGACGGCUCUAACCGCUGCAGCCCUCCAGCAUCACGACUCACGGUCCAGCCUCGGAAAAAGCGAGGGAAGAAGAAAAAGCAGUGGGGCCCGAAGCCGCACCGGCAGUAUUAACGAGACCGAACUAGUCUUCCAGAAACACAAUGUCGCCCCCAUGCCACUGCGCAGUGCGAUUGAAUCCGACCUCACCAGAGCUUCCCUUCUCUCCGAGCAGACCGCCGAACCAGCAGCACCGUACGGAGACACCAAAUUCCAUGAAGGCUUCCGCGGCUCCCCUUUCCAGUCUCUCUCGCCAGCACCCCUGUCACCAGCACCUCGCACGCCAAAUAGAACGCCUCUGGACGUGCGGCAUGAGCUGAAGCUCAAGCACAGCAACUUGUCCAGCCAUGACUUGUCGAUGCAUAGCCCCUCGAGUCGGUCGCCCGUCGGGGAUGCCGCCGCAGGCGCUAUCGCCGCUGCCGCUGCCGCUAAUUUGCUCGACUCCCACUCCGAGAAUCAUGACCUCGACUACAGUGAUCUGGCGAGCCGUCGGCGCACUCUUAGUCCGAUACAGAGCGUGGCCAGCAAUGAGAGCCAAUCUCCGGUCAAGCGGGACUUGACCCAUUAUGAUAGGUACGAUUACUCCGAAGAUGAACGAGAAUUGGAGCCGCGUCUCUCGAUUGACUCUCUUUCGUCUGCGCCCAGUACGGAUUUUGCAAGAUCUACCCGUCCAGAAGGCCUCAGCAUCACGAGCCAGACGGAGUCCCUACGCCGUCGACAGGAACCUGGCCCCGAGCUCGGCUACGAGGAGACCCCCCGACCAUCCCCCAGAGAGGAAAGACACUGGGAGGAAUAUUCCGACGAUGACGAAGACCAGCAUUCGCUAGCAGAAACUGAGACGCAGAGCACCGUCGGUAAACGCAUGACCGGGUACACCGAUGACAGCGAGCUUGAUCACCACGACCAGGAAGAUCAGGGCCGACCGGUAGCUGAAGGCCUUGCUGCCAAUCCCCGAUUCGUACAUCCGAUGGCUGUUGAAUCAGCGGUGGCCUCUGUCCUCGAACCCACGAUCCUGGACACCAAGUCUAGCCAGUCUGGAGCGAACCGCUCCAUGGCUGGUAUUCCGGAGCAAGAGGAGGAGGACUGGGAGCCGGAGCCCCUGGAGCAGCAUGAGCAGCAUGAGCCGGCAGAGCACGAAUCUCACCGAGGUAGCCCCCUGAAGCAGCGCGAGGAGGUUUCCAGCCCCGACGCGACCUCGUUCCCUAGACGCAUGGGUGCUACGUCGCCGCCCCAGAGUGUCACCCAGUCGCUGGACGACCACUACCAGAACGAGCCGGCUCCUUUGUUCGCUGGCGACCUCGACAGCAGCCCAAUGCCGCACGAAGACGACCGGAGCCCUGAUUCAGAAUCGGAAAUCAAUACCAAUCCUUCCAUCAUUCAAGGUCCCGCGGCCCACGAAAACAGCUGGUCGUUCAACCGCACCCCUUCCAAAGACGCUCCGUCGCCCCUCUUUGACAAGACUGGAGCUGGUGCGGGUGCUGGCCUGGGCUUGGGGUCAGUUGAGCCCUCCCACUAUGGCCAGGACUAUUACCCGGAGGAUGACUACGGUGCGAACGACUACUAUGAUCAGCAGUACCACGGAGGCCAGAUGCUCGGCACACCGCUUGGUGCCAAAGACGAAGGGUAUGUCUCGGCCGCGAACCCUCGCUCCCCGAGUGUUGAGACCCCUGAGCCACUCAGUAAGGGUAUUGCUGGAAUCGACACAAAUGGAAUGGGUCUGUUUGACAGUCCUCUUGGUGGGGAAGACCACUUUAUGCCUGGUCACCAGCGGCAGUUGAGUGGCUACUCUCAAGGAGUCGGCUCACCUCUGUAUGACAGUGCAACUGGGAAAGGAAUUGAUCGAAUUCAGUCCAAGGACAUUGUUGCACUCAUGGACCAUCUCACGGUUCGCGAUGCCCAACGGAAUGCCAGGGAUACGGAGAUUCUCGUGACUCUUGUUCGAAGCGCCGCGGAAAUGCGCAACUCAUUUGAGGAGAUGAAGAAGUUCAUUGCUCUACAGGAUGGAAUGCUCAUGGAAGCUAGUGACCGACAGCACGAGCGGACCUAUCGAGCUCUGGGUGGGCCACGCCCUCAGCCGGCUAGCACGCGUAGUGCUCGCCAGGUGCCUAUUGACGACGGGGAUGACAUGCGCUCGAAGCGGAAGAAUAUCUUCAAGCGAGCACUCAAAGGCCUGAGCCUCAAGAACUCCAACGAUCUUACCCGAAUCGAGGAUAUGUUGGAACAGCUCCUUGAUGAAGUCGAAGCUCUACGCUACGGCCAAGAUGACCGGUACAUGCGGGGAGGCAACCGGGCCGCCAGUGUGGAUCCAGAGGGCUAUGAGCCGGAGGGCCAUGCUGGGACUUCAUCGCCCGGAAACCAGUCGGAGUACCUUUCCACCUCUUCCCAGCCUGUUCUGGAACCACUCGUUGGGAAUGGACUGCGGAGGGGCAUGGAAAACCGCGUCAGUACGGUGCCGGAACUGGAUGAAGACAUAGAUGAGCAAGAGUUCCCGAGUCCAACCAUGCCUUCGCAGGAGCCGGCCAACAACCGCCAGGGCCGGGCUGGCUCCGCACCUGUGUCAACACCUCCUCGUGAGCCUAUGGCUUCGGGUGCCCUCAGUAACGAGGCGACGCCGAAGACGACGGAGAAGGCCAAGAAGCACAAAUCGAGCAGCUCUUCAUUCUUCCCCAAGAUCUCCCGUUGGUCCAAGACCACGGCGUCUUCGAUGGGAGACAACAUCCGCAACAGCAUUCAACCUGGCCGCAGCAAGGAGAGAGCGUCCUUCGAUACCUCGCGCUCUGGAUCCGAAGCUGCACCAGGGCCAUACAAGCCGGACUACUAUGAUCCCCAAGGCGAAGACCGAUUGCGCUCGACGUACACUCUGGAGGACCCGCAACAAGAGAACCGGCCGCCAUCCCCUCUGGUUCCGUCUCAAGCAUCGGGACAAGCGUCGGAGGCGCCAAAGUACCGGGCUCACCGGGGCAGUCUCGAUCUUCACCAUCCCCAGCCUCGCCAGGGCCCGUCUGGGCGAUACCAAAACCAGCUAGAAACGCAAGCGCAGGUCUACGGCGUGCCAGCGGGUGCACCUUCGGACCAGUGGGGAUCCAACCCCAGCUUGUCUGGCGUGAACGCCAACCCGCGCUACAGCGGCGCCAGUCGUCUUUCGCCCAUCUCGGACGCGGGCUACUCGGAAGCGAGCUCGCGGCACACAGGGCCUCCUCGUCCGCCUAAGAUCAAGGAUGAGGGACCACUGAUCCCGGAGCGGCCGCCCAAAGUCAAGGAAGACGAUGAGCGAUCGUACAUGGAACGAGUUGCUUCGCGGAGUUCGAUCAUGCGCUCUCCCCGUAGCACACCGCCUCCCCGGAAACCCACGGGGCCUCGUCCCCUGACGUCGGGCAGCCAGUUCAGCCCUGCGCGGCGGCAGCGAAGCCAGUAUCGCGCCAGUCCGGAGCAGGUGGAUGCCGACCAUGACUAUUGA